UAAUUGGAAAAAACCAAACCCUAGUAGUCUCCGACGAAGUCAUCUUCUUCUUCAUCAAUUCAUCGUUUCUUCUCUCUACCGAAUUUAAAAGGAACAUUCCUAGUCUUCAGUCUCCAUCACUACCUUCUUCUAAUUAACCUCAGAGUUCGAAGCCACGACGAGCAGACUAGUGUUCUCUUUGCCUUGUAAAAAAAUGGCGUCGAUGAUGUUUACCGACUGCUCCUCCUCCACGACGUCGCGUCUCUUCCAUUUGAACCGCCGCAACGGUACUUCCCUCCUCCGUCAAUGCGUCGGCCAACUCCGCUUUCAGACCACUGCUUCUGGCCGUGGCUGCAUUCGCUCCUCCUCUUCUCCCAUUUCUGCCAUUUCCGCUGAUACAAAAUCAGAGGGUGUCGCAACUGUAAUUGAUGGAAAGGCUGUGGCAAAAAAGAUAAGAGAUGAGAUCACAGUCGAAGUUUCAAGAAUGAAGGAAUCGAUUGGUGUGGUUCCUGGUUUAGCAGUGAUCCUUGUUGGGGACAGAAAGGAUUCUGCAACUUAUGUGAGGAACAAGAAGAAAGCUUGUGACUCUGUUGGAAUUAAAUCGUUCGAGGUUUGUGUCGCUGAAGAUUCAUCAGAAGAGGAGGUGUUGAGAUCUGUCUCAGGCUUCAACGAUGAUCCCUCAGUCCAUGGAAUCCUUGUUCAGUUGCCUCUGCCAUCGCAUAUGGAUGAACAGAACAUAUUGAAUGCGGUUAGUAUAGAGAAAGACGUGGACGGAUUUCACCCGCUAAAUAUUGGACGCCUUGCUAUGCGUGGAAGAGAACCCUUAUUUGUACCGUGUACUCCCAAAGGAUGCAUUGAGUUAUUGCAUAGAUACAACAUUGGCAUCAAAGGUAAAAGAGCGGUUGUUAUCGGAAGGAGUAACAUUGUUGGUAUGCCAGCUGCUCUGUUACUGCAGAGAGAAGAUGCAACUGUUACCAUUAUCCACUCAAGAACCAAGAACCCUGAAGAAAUCACAAGAGAAGCUGAUAUUAUUAUCUCAGCUGUUGGACAAGCAAACAUGGUCAGAGGAAGCUGGAUAAAACCGGGAGCAGUCAUCAUUGAUGUCGGGAUCAAUCCUGUUGAGGAUUCAAGUGCUGCCCGUGGCUAUCGAUUGGUUGGAGACAUUUGCUAUGAGGAGGCUAGCAAAGUUGCAUCAGCCAUCACUCCUGUUCCUGGUGGUGUAGGACCAAUGACCAUAGCCAUGCUUCUAUCCAACACUUUAAAAUCAGCUAAGAGGAUUCACAACUUCCAGUGACCUUACAAGAAGAUUACUGGCCUUUUAAGAAUAAACAAAUCUUGCUCUGUUUUUGGAAGCCAUUGGUUUGCUUUGGUUUAUCUUUUUUUCCUUUUUGGGUUCUAUGAAACAAAACAACAUGUAAUUCUAAUUCACAUAAAUUGUCUUUUAACAUUGUCUGUCUGUUCUUGUUUUUUGAUCCAGAAGGACCAGAACUAGUUUUAACUUGAAA